GAGCCGUGUCCAGGCCAGGAGUUCUCCCCUGGGCUGUGCGCCCCAGGGGGGCAUGAACAGCUUUCAGGGGCGCCGAGCGGGACGGGGGACUCCUGGACUUCUCUGUUGGCACCUAGGGUCACCCUCGGGAAAGCCCCCCAGCUGUAGGCGGUGAUGGCUCCCCCGUCACGUCACAUCACAUCACAUCACAUCACAUCAGUCAUGAGAACUAGAUGUUGUUGGUACUGAGGAGGGCUGGGAGAAGGUGGUGCUGCUGUGGGGUCAGGGGUGGAGUGAACACUGGGAGCCGGGAAGGCCUGAUGCCCUGUGUGUUUGGGCCGCUGCCUUUCUGUGCCUCAGUUUCUCCAUGAAAUGGGCUAACACCGCUUAAGUGCGGUGCCCUCCCAAGGCACGUGUGAUUUAGUAGUUAAGGCCAACCAAGGAGUGGGUCCCGCUCCUGUGGGGAUGGGCACGGCGGAGCUCUUGCCAGGAGGUGAUGUGGGCGAAGCUACGGAGAGCCACGAAGUGCUGUACGUGGCCUGUCCCGGGUGGCAGCUCUUGCCGGAGCAUGCGGUGAGGAAGAGUGAAGGUUUCACUGAGUGGAGACAGGGCAGACGCUGCUCGCGGAGGACACUCCCCUCGCUUUCGGAGGCAGGCCGAGACUCCUGCCGGGCCGUGCGCCCCCCCCGAGGGGAACACAGGGAGCAGGAGAGGCCUUUCCAGCCGCUCCGGGGCCAUGGCUGAGUGGCCGGGGCCCAGGGCCGACCCCGAGCAGAUGAUCUGGAGCCCUGGCUCCAGCAUGGCUGCACUCCGGUCCCCCACGGGCUUGGAGGUGAAGCUGGGCUCCCUGGUGACGCUGCUGCUGCUGACCAUCUUGUGCGGCCUAGCUCCACUCUGCGUCUUCCGGCCACACGGGAGCGGGGCCGGUUCGUUGGACACGCGCAGAAAGGUCCUGAGCUUGGUGAGUUGCUUUGCGGGUGGUGUGUUCCUAGCGACCUGCCUCCUCGAUCUGGUCCCCGACUACCUGGCGAGCAUCAACGAAGCGCUGGCGUCCCUGAGAGUCACGCUCCAGUUCCCCCUGCAGGAGUUCAUCCUGGCCAUGGGCUUCUUCCUGGUGCUGGUGAUGGAACAGAUUGUGCUGGCCUACAAGGACCAGUCUGGCUCCCUAGAGGAGACGCGGGCUCUACUGGGGGCCUCGGCCCAGGACAGCACCGUGCAGUCCCAGCACUGGCAGGAGGGGCCCCUGCGCCCCGCCUGGGGCUCUGCCCAGGAGCGCCCCCACGUGCACGUUGACUUCAAUGCGCACUCGGCCAUCCGUUCCUUCAUCCUGGUCUUCUCGCUCUCGCUGCACUCCGUCUUCGAGGGGCUGGCCGUGGGGCUGCAGCAGGCCAGCGCCAAGGUGCUGGAGAUCUGCCUGGCCCUGCUCAUCCACAAGUGCGUCAUCGCCUUCAGCCUCUCGCUCAAGCUGCUGCAGGGCCGGCUGCGCCCCCGGGCCGUGGUCGGCUGCCUGCUGCUCUUCGCCCUCAUGUCCCCGCUGGGGAUCGGCCUGGGGGUGGCCCUGACGGAGACCUCGGGCGCCCUGCACCAGCUCUCCCGCAGUGUGCUGGAGGGGCUGGCCACCGGCACCUUCAUCUACAUCACCUUCAUGGAGAUCCUGCCGCACGAGCUUGGCUCCUCCGAGCAGCGGAUCCUCAAGGUCAUCCUGCUCCUCGCCGGCUUCGCCCUGGUCACCAGCAUCCUCUUCAUCAAGAUCUGAGCUGCCCACGGCCCCCACUGCCAGGGACAGACCAGGACUGUGGGGGCAGAUGCAGCCCUGCGGCGGUUCCUGGCGGAUCCAGCUGCCUUCUGACCCGGGUCUGGUGCUUGGGAACCCUCCCGCCGCAGCCCCGCGGAGAAGCGAUUCCCCAGCCUCGGCCAAGGAGCAGCACGUCCGCCCUGUCGGCAGGAGUUCUGGCACUUGUGCCCCUGCUGCCAGCAGCGUGGGAUGGAUCUCAGGACUGGCGGGGUCUGGCCCUGCACUGGAGGAAAUGCUGGGGGUCCUGCUCUGGUAGAGUGCUGGUCGGUCCCUCUGCACCCUGCCUGCUGCCAGGACCCAUGGAUUGAGCCCAGCGCCCCCUGAAUCUAAACCUGCCUGGGGCUCAGGGCAGCUUCCUCCACCCUGGCAUGGCUCCUCUAGGGCCCCAGCCUGGCCAUGCUGGGGGAGAGUCGGAGGAUUCUUCAAUAUGAGCACUGCCCCGUAACCCUGCCGCAAAGCCCUCGGGCGCAUGCUUGGCUGAGCUGGGGCCUGCGGGGGCACCGGGGGCUGUGGUAGCUUCGCUGCCCCCAGCUCCGCGGCAGGGGGCGGUUGCCCAGCUGGCAGCAUUUCCCUCCCCAUCCCCGGGAAGGCCGGGACGGCGUGUUCCUAGACGAGCCCUCAGGCCAGGAGAGUGCAGGGUGGCAUGGGGCUGGCUGCCCGGCAGUCUUCCAUGCUGCUGGGCUGGGUAGCGGGUUGGGCCUGGGCCAACGCCCUAUGCCCUGCAGUGCCAAUGCCUCCUUCCGCUCCCCUCCCACUGCAGUUUUCAGCCAAUCGGAGGGCAGUGUGGCCUAGUGGCUAGAGCACUGGACUGGGACUCAGGAGCCCUGGGGUCUAUUCCUGGCGGUGCCCUGGGCGAUCUUGGGCAAAUCACUUCACCCUCUGUGCCUCAGUUUCCCCAUCUGUAACUGGGGGACCGUGAUCUCAACCUUGGUGCAGUGUGACGGCUGAGAAGAGGAGCUGGGAAUGAUGAAUUAUUUUUUUUAAGGACUACAGAGUAAAGACUGAAUCUGUGGCCUAGUUAUACGCACCGGGCCGGCGGCCUAGCUCAGCCAGUGAGAUCAGUGACGUGGCGCCGGUUCACACCCGCUGGAGGGUACCAGUUCCUGUACCUGUGGUUGGGGGGAUGUCCCUACCGGAGCAGUGCCGGGGCAGUCCCCUGCUCGUACCGGUAUAAAAGUGCCUUAGAGCCAUCCAGCGUGGUCCCCUUCCCGCAUGGAGUCUUCCAAUGGAGCCACUGGUGUCGCCCUGGGCCGGGCCAAGACCCCAAGGUGCCAGGAGCUGCGCGGAUACCGAACAAAAAGAUGGGCCUGCCUCAAAGAGCUUCCAGCAUCUACAGUGCAGACCUGGCUUCCUGGGCUACACCAUCGAACGGCCUUAACCCCACAACACUAUUUUGAUAAACAGCCUCUUUCCAGCUGCCUGGGAGGUGGUAGGAAAGCCACGCCCAGCUGCUUUACGUACAGAGAGUCUAUUUUACUAACUGCCUGUUUCUCCUUCCCGCCUUGCUGGUGGAAACGCAGCUGUUUGGUUAAAAUACUGACAGAGAAACUUUGAGAAUUUGAAAAAUAAAAUGACUUUAAUCUCUGUA